CCGCCCACCCCGGGCCCCAUCGGCACGGCCGGCACCCCCAGCCCCCCGGGCCGCCCGCAGCGACAGCGCUUCCCGCCGCCUCACCCUCGCUGUGAGGGGAGGAAGGCCUGGGAGCCCCUCGCCCCUGUGCCCCUCAGCAGAGGCUGCUGGGGCUGGGUGCCCGCUGCGGCGGAGCGCUGCCCGGCCGCCAGGUACCUCCCCCCGCCGCCGCCGCCGCCUCCCCCGCCCCCUUUUGUGGCGGUGCCAGGCGGCCGCCGGGUUUCCUGCUGACGCCGGAGCCGCGGAUGGGCAGGCAAGGCCGGCUCCCGCCUCGCCCUCGCUCUCCCCCACCGGCCGGAGCGCGGCGGCCCGCGCUGAGAGCUCGCCGGCAGGGGCGGGGGCGGAGAGGGCGCAGGUGCGGGGCAGCCCCGGGGAUCACGGGGCCGGGCGGCCGCGCUGAGGGGAGGGUGCCGGCCGCGGGCGGACAUGGCAGCCCCCGCUUCUUGAAUGCUGUCAGCCGCCCCCCCGCCGCCGAUGGCCGAAGCCUGGAGGUUGGAGGAGGACGAGGAGGAGCUGCGGGAGCUGGGCAGGAGGCACCGGAGGGUCGCCCUGAGCUCGGCGGCAGGAGGACACAAAUCUCAACUGCUUCUUUCAGGUAGUUCCAAAGUCACACGAUCGCUCUGAAAGAAAUAAACCAGACUGCCGCUCUUCAGGCCAAGGACCCUUGUCAUCCAUAAGAGCAGCAAUCAAGAGAUCACUCAUGAAUAGUGCACAUCAAAAAUGCCCUGUGGAAGAGCUUCUCGGACCUCUAGCCAUAGCGAACAGCAGAGGGAUAGAAGGCGUCCUGAAAUUACAAUAGUUGCUGCUGAACCCCUCCGGCCAUCCUCCUGGUUUCCAGGUGCAAGCCCUGUUGCUCCUCAAGGAUUAGGAUUCCCUUCUGCUUCAUCUCAUGCUCAGUGGAGGAGAAAUGAGCAUAUUCCAGCUGAGCUUCCACCAUCAUAUGAGCAGGUGAUAAAAGAAAUCAAUCAAGUGCAAGUCAAUACAACAAAUAACAAUAAUGCUGCUGCUCCUAGACAUACCACUACUUCUGCAACACAAACUGACUUUCCGGAGGAACUAAUCAGCCGUUUGCCAGGAAGUAAUGUAAAAACUAGUGUGCCUACACACUGGGAAUCUGCAGUCUAUCCAGCAGUGCAGAGUCCUCUUAAACCUCCUAGGCCUUCUGCAUCUCUCUUGAAUAGGUCUCCUUCAGAAAAUGAGAAUCCCUUAAUAGUCUUUGAAAUUUCUGAAGGUCAGAGGUGCCAAGAAAAUCCCAAUGCUGUGAUAUGUCCUGUGCCAAAGCCAAGAUCGAGAAGCAAUCUCAGACCUGUGGUCAAAAAUACUGAAAGUAAGAUAGACGAUGGAGAAGAAGUGAACCAGCCUACCACAAAAAGGCAGCAACCUCCAGUUCAGGAGUCACCUCUCUUAGAUGAUAGCUUACUGGACAAUCACUUGGUGAUGGACAGCAUGAGUACAGAAAAGAGCCAAAAUAGUAUUGUUUCAAGGAUCAAAGUUUUUGAAUCCCAAGGAACUAAUGAUACCUCAGGAUUAUCAAAAAAGCCAGAAAUUGCUCCUCGUUCAUUUGCCCCAAGACCUGCUACUGCAAAGAAGCCAGUAGUUGCUCCAAAGCCAGGAGUAAGCAGAAUUUCAGGAGACUGGGAUGCAUGGACAGAAAGCAAAUCGACACCUUCCAAGGAACUGCAGCCUCAACCUGAAGUAGUUGGGAGCAGUGUUACAACCAAACCCGAACUGCCAAAGAAGCCAAAACCUGGCCUUGUUAAAAGUAGUAGUAGUGAUUUUCUUGAUGCAAGGAGUGGAUCAGUUGCAGAGAACAGCGAUGGACAGAAGAAAUUUCCUGUUCCUGCUCCAAGGCCUCUUGUUCCUAAGAAGUCAUUUUAUGCAGAAAAUCCUGCACUUCCUUUGGCCUCACUAAGACCGAUUGCUGCUCCCCCACGGGCUUCCGUAUCUGGCCAAGAGAAAGUUUUCAAGUCUCUGGGGGAAUCGUCACCUGCAGCCAACUCCUCAGCACCUACUUUGCAAAAUAAACUAGAUGUGGAAGAAGACCUGAUCAGUUUUGAUGAUGAUGUUUUGCCCCUAAGUCCAGCUUGUGUAGCUACAAAUAACAUCAGUUCUGAAGCAGCAGCAGAUCCAUUUCAGUUCGUCACCAAAAGUGAACCUGCAAAGGAACAAGCAGCUCAACCAGCUUUAGCCCGGAAACCCACUGUGAUCCGAAUCCCAGCUAAACCCAGGAAAUCUUUAAAUGACAUCCCACAUAGCCCUCCACCGCUUCCUGCUGAAAAGCCUAUUGGGAACACCUUGAAUAUCACAGUGGGAAAACCCGACAGUGCUGACCUAGUAAAAAAAGUGGAGUUGGAUCAUUCAGAACAGGGUGGAGUGGCUCAGCUAGAACCUGUACUACCCCCAAGGCCUGUGGAUGGAAAAAUUAUACCUGCUCGACCUCCCCCACCUAAAAGUGUUCCUGGAAGGCCACCUCCACCAAAACUCUCUGCAGCCAAGACCACCUCCCAGAAGGAUGUUCUGUCACGAUCUGCUUCUGACAUCGCUCCUGAUAAAAAACCCAGCAAGUUCAGAUUGGGACCCAAGAGAGCAAAAAGUUCAGUCUUUAAAAAUCCAGAUCCAGCAUUACCUCCUAGGCCUAAACCAGGUCAUCCUCUCUACAAUAAGUACAUGGUGAGAACAGAGCAACCUGUGCCUCAUGGAGUUGCCAAGGAAGAUUGUCUUCCCAGAAACACUGGAGAACUGUCCUGUAAGGAUUCAAACCACCCUCCAAAAGUUUCCAACCCAAGCGUACCUCAUGCUGUCGUCCUGCAUGAUUUUCCUGCAGAGCAUGCUGAUGACUUGAACCUUCAUUCUGGAGACACCGUUUGUCUGCUGGAGAAAAUCGAUACUGAGUGGUACAGAGGAAAAUGUGGGAGUCGCACAGGGAUAUUUCCUGCCAGCUUUGUUAAAGUAGUUAUUGAUGUUCCAGAAGAAGGCAACAGGAAAAAAAUACCCGGUUCAUCACGAUGUAUUAAAGGCCCAAGAUGUGUAGCACGAUUUGAAUAUAUUGGAGAUCAGAAAGAUGAGCUCAGUUUUUCAGAAGGUGAAACUAUUAUACUUAAAGAGUAUGUAAAUGAAGAAUGGGCCAAAGGAGAGCUCAGAGGCUCGUCUGGAAUUUUCCCCUUGAACUUUGUGGAAGUAAUUGAAGAUCUGCCUGGAACAGGUACAGGAGCAGCACUGAAGAACAAGGUGGAGGUUUCUUCUUCCCUUCCUCAGAACAACAGACGCUCAACAGAGUGGUGUGAAGCGCUUCAUGAUUUUACAGCAGAAACCAAAGAUGAUUUAUCCUUCAAAAAGGGGGACUACAUCCAAAUAUUGGAGCAAGUAGAUUCAGAGUGGUAUAGAGGAAGACUGAACGAAAAGGAAGGAAUUUUCCCAGCAGUUUUUGUUCAGACCUGCUCAGCAGCCAGGGUAGAGCUGUCACAGUCCGUAGGAGGGAAGAAAGGAAAAGCCAAAGCUCUUUAUGAUUUUCAUGGAGAAAAUGAAGAUGAGCUUUCCUUCAAAGCAGGUGAUACAAUAACAGAGCUGGAAUCUGUAGACGAGGACUGGAUGAGUGGAGAGAUACAAGGAAAGUCUGGGAUAUUUCCCAAGAACUUUGUUCAGAUUUUAAAAACACAGUGAAGUGUUGCCUCUUUGUACUCCCUGCAUGUGGGAGAGAAUGUUUUCUAUCCUAAAGGCACAGCAAAGACAUCGUGUUUUGACUAUCAAUGUUUUGCACUACUUUUUCUAGACAGUCAUAUUAGUAUCUUGAAGUCAAAUAAGAAAAUUUUAGUCUUUUGUGACAGUGUAUGUAGUCAUGCUUCAUGAAUGCUCUGAGAGCAAAUACAAGCAGGAUUUUCAGUGGUUUUCAACUAGGGAAAUACUGUGGUGCAACACCAUUUUAACUUAAAUAGCAUUCUAGUAUGUUUACUAUCUGGUAUUACAUUUAUCAUGCACAAAGUCUGCAUAAAGUAAGGUUCUUUGGGCUUCUUUAAAAACUUUAAAAUCCAGAUUUAAAAAAAAUGUUUUUAAGAUAUAAUUACAGCACUCAGUAUGUAGAUCAAGUUUGAUAUUCAGGUCUCAUUACUGCUCAUUACUUCCACAUUAGCAGUAGAAUCCACUUGUUAUAUGACUUAGAGGAUAAGAAAGAUAAUAUAUUUCAUAGUAGAAAAAUAUCAAAUCUAAUACUGGUAAGAGGGAAAACUCAGAAACAAAUCCUUGUGUAGUAUUCUUUUCUUAGCCCAAGCUGCUUAUACAGGACAAUCACAAAAGUAAAACUUAAGUAUUUUGCCUCACAAUGAAUAAUGUUCAAAUUAGUAAGAAUCAUCUUAGACCUUUCUCCCUUCCCCUAAAAUCCUUUUCAGAUACAGGUUUAGAUUUUUCUGCUGCCCACUGUCCUUCAAGCACCAUUGUACCCCUCUUUCCCAGCUGAAGCUAGCUGUGACAGCAUUUACUGUUUUCUCCGAUCCCCUCCGUGCAGUAGCUGCACUAUUCCAACCAUUUGCCCCUCCGUGCCCUUCAGCUAAGCGGAAAGCCAGUCUUCACUCGUUCUGCGUUUCAUUUGUCACUCAAGCACCGAGAUAUACUUCAGUAAUGCUAUUCCUAUCCUUAACAUGAAGGAUAUUACACAGCCGCGGUUUUAAGCUUUCAGCAGACACGGGCUUAGUUUCCAGUUUGUUACCACAUACCAGCUCUACUGAGCAUCAUUACAACUGGUCUGUCGAGGCCUUAAGGAAAACACGCCUGGCAAGAAGGUACUUCGAGCAGCUCUAAUGAAGGCAUUUAGUAAAAAGCAGCAGUAUGACUUGAACAGCAAACUAAGACGUGAUUGAGGUAGCGUGACAUAAAAGGAACUUCUGGCAGUAAACUCCUUUCUGCAACACCUGGCUUCUGACAAAAUAGUUAAAUGCAUCUUGAUUAACUCCUAACUUCAUCGGACUGGAAUAGAAAGAAAUUAUGCUGCAGCUGGCUUUGAUUGCUGACAGUAUUUCAUCACUGUCUAACAAAAAGGAACCAGUAAGCUGUUGUUACGGGUCGUUACUUCAGAGACAUGCGGAUCACCAGGCACCGGGACACCCUUAGAAACUUUUUCUUUGUGCGUCUGCAAGUUCAGGCUGCAGAAGCGCCCACAGUUGAGCAGCAGACGGAGGCUGGAAACGAGAAUGACUGACCUCGAGACGUUUUGCCUUAGUCAUGUGCCUGCCUGCAGCUUUAUUGAUAGGAGGUUUAAGGAAUACAGCAACAAACACCUACUGCUACAAAAGAUCAGAGUGCAUCUAAAUUGGUGCCAAUGCGUGCUGGGGGGGGAGCCCAGAGCCCUCCCCUCCCCCUGCACUGCACUUUGGUUACCACCACAGCCGGCAUGAACAAGCUCACAGCCAAAAUUGAACUGAAAGAUGCUCCCACAGCAGGGAACGGGCCUCCAGUCUCAGUAGCGGACUGGAACUCCGGUGACACAAGCCCACAGCAGAGCCACCGGCACCUCGGCACCACCCUGCUCUGCAGUCAGUCACACCACAGUACUCGCAAAUACCAGGCGCAGGUGUCAGCCCUCAGCUCCGGAACCUUCACGCCCCAAUAUCAUUCAGACAACUAGGGUAUGAAGAUCACACAAAGGUUUAAUGAGCAAAGAAUUUCACUUUAACUUUCUUUACGGGGAUUAACAUUAGAAAAACAAUUAUUAUGGGCUAUUCUAGGAAAAUGGAAACAAUUUAUACAGCUGUUAUUCAGUUUUACCUUCCCCAACAAGCCUAUCCGGAACUCCUGUGGAAUCAAACUUUAACGUAAGUCCACUCUGAGGACAAGUCUUCCCACUCUCCAAGUUCUCCUGCCCACAGAUUCCAAAGGUUUUUGUUGUUUAUUCCAAUAAAACAGCCAUCUCCUCCUAGAGAAAUCCAAGUAAACAGAUAGCUUUCCAGACUUGCAAGCCCACUCUACUUUUCAGCCAUGAACUCUGAGGGGAUCCCCCUUCUUCCACCAUGACCUGUGCCAACACAAUCCCUGAACCUCCAGUGAGAGCAGCAGAACCCAGCAGAGCCUACAGCAACAAACCCAGUACCCGGGUCCCCCGAAGACGUACCGCAUCAUUGUGGUGGUGUAUGACGUUUACUUCCUGUUUGUCUGGCAGUUUUCUAAGAUUUUGAUACAACUCUCAAAAGCAGAACUGAAUUUUUUGAUAUUUUUUUUCAGUUUCCUCUUCCCUGUUUUUAUAACUGUGACCAGUUGUUUUUGUAACUUCCACUGAAUGUUUAAAGUCAGUGCCUAUCAGCAGGUAAGACCACUCUGCUUUAUUUUAAUCACCUCCUCCCCACGACGCAGGGCAGGAAGAGCGGCAAAGCCUGAUGUUCAGCGCAGGGAGUGCCAUCCAAGGGCUGCUCGUGUUGCUGCAGGCAGCUACAACAGCAUAGUUACUAGAACUGAAAACAAAAUUGGAUGGCUUGGCUUUUACAGGAAGGGAUUUUCGUAAGACUUGAUGGCCUAGGAUCACCAUGAAACGGCAUACAGAUCAGAACAUGAAAUUCCUAAGGUGUACAGUACAUAAUCUGCCAAAAAAAACCAAGAAUGAGGUGGAGCACAAAUCCUAACUGCAAUAUAGUAGCAAAUUUCAGCUGUAAUUUUUGAAAUUCAGCUAAACCUCCAUACAUUAGUGUGAUAAUAAAAGCCUCAUUUACCACAACAUUUUCUGUUUGACCCACCCUCUGGAAGUAUCUUCAGGAAAACAUCUUUGUUCUGUGUACAAGUAACAGUGUCAUAAAUAAAUAUUUGUUAAGUCCAGUAAGUUUGUUAUGGUACCUCUGUAAAUUAAGAAUGUAUUUAACCAAUAAAAUUUUUAUAAUUAAGUCA